AUGUCUAUGAAGCCGAUCUUCGUGGCGACGCAUCCGCGCGCCUGUUCGACAGCAUUCGAGCGGGUCUUCAUGACCCAACGGGACUCUAUCCAAUGUGUCCACGAGCCGUUCGGUGACGCCUUCUACUACGGCCCCGAGCGCCUCUCCGACCGGUUUGCCGAGGACGAACAGGCUCGGCUUGACAGUGGGUUCAGCCAGUCGACCUACGCCACCGUGAUGGAGAGGAUUGAUCGAGAAGCUUCUGAGGGAAAGAGAGUCUUCAUCAAGGACAUCGACCACUACCUGCUGCCGCCGGCGGGCAAACCCGCCAGCCCGGCUCCUUCGCUGCAGCGCAUCAAGCGCGGCGUCGGCACUGCCAACGGCAUCAACGGUCACCACCCGGCCAAUGGCGUGAACGGUGCCGUCAACGGCUCCGGUCAUGCCAAUGGCCACUCCACCGCGCCGACCAACGGCGUCAACGGCACGGUGGUCAACGGUAGUGCCAACGGCGCUACCACCAAUGGCACCGCCAACGGUGUCAAUGGGCAUGCUCAUGCCAACGGCACGACCAGCAAUGGGACUGCCAACGGCAUCACCAACGGCGUCUCCAACGGCGCUGCCAACGGGGCCACCAAUGGUGCUACCAAGCACGCCAGCAAGGAGCCUGUCCCGUACGACACGCUCCCGGAGCCAGGCAACCCGACAGUUAUGCCGCGGCGGCUCCAAGAGCAGUUCCACUUCGCGUUUCUGAUCCGCGACCCGCACUACAGCGUGCCGUCGUACUACCGGUGCACGAUCCCGCCGCUGGACGAGGUCACGGGCUUCUAUAGCUAUGACCCCCUGGAAGCCGGGUACGACGAGCUGCGCCGGCACUUCGACUACCUGAAGCACGAGGGACUGGUCGGACCGCGGGUGGCGACGCGGCCGGAGUUGAGCCCGGAAUGCGAGGGCAAGGACGAUCCCACCGUCCACGAGAUCUGUGUCGUCGACGCGGAUGAUAUGCUCGAUUCGCCGGCGAAGACCAUCGAGGCGUUCUGUCGUAGUGUGGAUAUGCCGUAUAAGGAGGAGAUGCUGUCGUGGGACACGGAGGAGGACCAUGCGUUUGCGUGCUGGGCGUUUGAGAAGUGGCGUGGGUUCCACAAUGAUGCGAUCGAGUCCAAGGGUCUGGAGGCGAGACAGCAUCCGCAUGCCCUCAAGUCCGAGGAACAGUUCGAUGCCGAGUGGCGCGAGAAGUACGGCGAGAAGGCUGCCCGGCUCAUUCGCAAGACGGUCGACGACAACAUGGCCGACUAUCUGUACCUGAAGCAGUUUGCCGUGAAGGUGUAG